AUGAUGGGGUCCUGCGUGUCCCAAGAAUUCUUCACAAGUGCUCAAAAGGAAUAUUCCAUCGCCAGCCACCCACAGUGCCCUCCUUCCACCCACCAUGACAGUCAGCAAGUGCCUGCAGCUGCCCUGGAGAAGAAUAACAGCAAGGAAAACCAGAUGGAUUUCUGCUGGGACCCUCUGCAGAAAUGUUUCAAGACAUCCAGUGGGAUCCUCUCCGAUUCCAAAUUCGGCUCCAGUGGUUACAACGUCACGGCCCUGGCGACCUCCUCUCUAGUGGGGUUAGUCCAGACCAUAAAGGACCACAUCACCAAGCCCACCGCCAUGGCUCGCGGCCGGGUGGCCCACCUCAUCGAGUGGAAAGGCUGGAGCGCCCCCCAGGUGGGCUGCGAGCCGUGGCUGACGGAGGAAGAGCACUACUCCUACCUCACGGACGAGCUGAGGGAGGCCCGCUUUGCAGCAGGGGUCGCUGAACAAUUCGCCAUCACCGAGGCCACCCUGAGCGCCUGGUCCUCGCUAGACGAUGAAGAAAUGAAUUACGGGGGCAGCUCCCAGGAGAUCGCACAGCUUCAAGACCUGGAGAGCAUCUACCUGCAGGAGAAGCUGGUGCUGAGUCCCCAGGUGAUAAGUAGCCCCAACCUGGAAGGCAGCCUGCCCGCCUGCUCCCCCUCCACCCACACCUCCCCAAUACCCUGGGUGCACUCCGGAGUGGACAGGUGGAACUCGACCCACCCCUUCCCCGGGGCUCUCCCCUGCGGCUCCCCCCGGACCGGGAGCUCCCGGGCAGACAGCUCGGAGAAGGAGCAGGCCUGCGUGGGGAGAGAGCAGGAGGGCACGACCAGCGUCGGCCAGAAGCGGCUCAGCAACUCCCUGCACUACGUGGACAGCAGCUCCCUCUCGGAGGACGAAGUGUUUUAUAACUAG